AUGCAAGACGGCCGGAGGAAGAAUAUGAUGGCCUUACUGAAUCAACUUCUCGAGAAGAAAGAGCCACUGUGGCAGCCUAGGGUUGUUUCUACGGUUUCUAAAGUUUCAGAAAGCAUGAAGCCUCGGGGUGAUUUCCAGGGAAACAUUAUACCUUGGGCAAUCUCAGAAGAAGACAAAUUACAAGCCAAAAGUUACGCCUCUCUGAUGACAAAUAUGCUGCUGGAAACAAAGACGACCCAAUAUCAUGUUUAUUUCGCCGACGGCUCUCUUCGCAGUCGUAACGGCAGAGCAGCCGCCGGGAUUGCGUGGAGAAAACCUAGUCUAUCGGACUGGGGCGGGCAAGGACUGCAUUUCUCCGCGGAAACUUCGAACAGCAAUUUGGUCGAGCUAUAUGCUAUUGAUUGCGCCCUGGAAAUAGCAACGAAAGAAAUAUUACAAACCAAGGAACGAACCGGGAAGACCCAUGAGGUACUGAUAUUCUCGGAUUCCCAAGGUGCGCUAGGCGGAAUCAUGAAUUUUAAAUCCCAAAGGUCACCGUCUGCCAAGAAAGAGAAAGAACAAUAUCGCCUUUUCCAAUCAGUGGUGGAGCGCAGUGAAGCCCUAAAGAGUCAAGGGGUCAAUCUUGAAUUACAUUGGGUUCCUGGGCAUAAAGACGUGCCGGGCAAUACCCUCGCGGAUAAACUAGCGGUUGCCACGGCCAAAUCAAAGAUCGAUGGUUCAAGUUGA